GGCGGCCGCGACUGGGACCUGCUACAGGGGAGCGCCUGGCGCCGCCGCUGUCCAUGGAGGAGGAAGCCGGCGCCGAGAAGGAGCCCCUGCUGCCUGCCCGGACAGCGGGCCGCGGCUGCCCGCCCAGGGGAACCUUCGGGACUGGCGACUGCCCCGAUCCCGCGGCCUCCUGCACCGUCCAGGAGGCUGCUGGAGCUGAUCAUGAUCUUUACAUAAACCAAGCUGUAGUAUUUAUUGAAGAUGCAAUACAGUAUCGUUCCAUAAACCACCGAGUGGACUCCAAAUCCCUGUGGCUUUAUCGAUGGUAUUAUUCAAAAAUUUGCCAGUGGGUUUUGAGUCUCACCAUUACUCUAAUCUUGGCUCUGGCUUUCAUUGAAACCCCUUCUUCGCUCACUGUCACGUCAGAUAUACGAUAUCGCGGCACAGCCUGGGAGCCUCCUUGUGGCUUGACUGAAAGUGUAGAGCUGUUUUGUUUCCUCGUCUUUAUAGCUGACGUCUCUGUGAAGAGUUAUUUAAUUGGUUGGGAAGAAUUUCAGAAAACGAAAUGGCUGCUGGCUUAUGUCCUGACACUGGUUGUUUCCGUUAUCGACUGGACUGUGUCACUGAGCUUUUCUUGUACAGAGACUGUGAGAAUAAGACGAAUCAUCCGGCCUUUCUUUCUCCUUCAGAACUCCUCUAUGAUGAAAAAGACCUUAAAAUGCAUCAACAGAACGCUGCCAGAAAUGGCAAGUGUUGUUCUGCUGCUAGCUGUUCACUUGUGUCUCUUUACCAUGUUUGGCAUGCUGCUGUUUGCUCGAUCAAAGGAUAAGCAGCAAGACAAGGAAUGGGUGGGAUAUUUUCACAAUUUGCCAGAUUCACUGACUUCACUGCUGGUGCUGCUGACUACUGCAAAUAACCCUGAUGUGAUGAUUCCUGCAUAUUCUAAGAAUCGAGCCUAUUCUAUCUUCUUCAUACUCUUCACUGUAUUGGGAAACCUGUUUCUGAUGAACUUGCUGACAGCAAUAAUAUACAAUCAGUUUCGAGGAUACCUUCUGAAAUCAGUUCAGUCCUCGCUCUUGAGGAGACGUUUAGGAAUCCGGGCUGCAUUUGAAGUGCUGUGCUCCCCGAAGGAGAGUCCUGUCAGUACAAAUGAAUUGUGUGUCAGUGCUAAUACCUUACUACAAGUGCUUCAAAAAGUUGAAAUGGAUUCUUGCUGCAAGCAAGCCAUCUUGAGGACAGUUCGGUCAUGCCCUCAUGGCAUACUGUCAGCUGCCCUGUUUCAGAAACUCUUUGAUGAACUCGACAAAGAUCCUGUUAAACAGCAUCCUCCCACACCAGAGUACCAGUCUUCUUUUCUGCAGAAAAUGCAGUUUGCUUUUGGCCAUCACUUCUUUGGCUACUUAGGGAAUGUUGUAGCACUGGCAAACAUAAUUUCUAUAUGUGUCAUCUUGGUAAUGGAUGCAGAUAAGCAGCUUUCUGAACGGGAUGACUACUUCUUGGGGGCUAUAAAUUGUUUUUUUAUCCUGUACUAUCUGCUGGAAAUGCUGCUGAAAAUACUGGCAAUGGGAUUUAAAAGAUACAUAUCGUACCCAAGCAAUAGAUUUGAUGGACUUCUGACUGUAAUUCUGCUGGUUUUGGAGGUCUCAACCUUUGCUGUGUAUGGAUUUCCUCAUCCAGGCUGGAGACCCGAAAUGAUGGGGUUGCUGUCUCUGUGGGAUAUGGUGCGCCUGGUGAAUAUGCUAAUUGUAUUCAGAUUUCUGCGGAUUAUCCCUAAUAUGAAGUUCAUGGCUUUGGUUGCCAGUACAUUGCUGGAUCUGGUGAAAAACUUAAGAGCCUUUGCAGGGCUGCUGGUGGUGGUUUACUAUGCGUUUGCUAUAACUGGCAUAGUGCUAUUUAAAGGUGCUGUUGUUCCUAUGGGAAAUAUCAGUGUUGUCAAUACAACAUCUGGUAACAGGACUUUGCAGUGUGGGACCUAUGAGCAGUUGGAGUAUUGGCCAAACAACUUUGAUGACUUUGCUGCUGCAGUAGUAACUCUCUGGGAUGUCAUGGUGGUGAACAAUUGGCAAGUUUUCCUGGAUGCAUUUUCAAGAUAUUCAAGUCCGUGGUCAAAGGUCUAUUUUGUAGCCUGGUGGCUAAUUUCCUCUGUCAUCUGGGUCAAUUUGUUCGUAGCCUUACUUCUGGAGAACUUUAUUCACAAGUGGGACCGUCACUCCCAUCGGCAGUCUCUCUCAGAAAUUGAAUACCAGACAACGGUGGAAUUAAUGUUCAGGGAUGUUUUGGAAGAACCUACAGAGGAAGAGCUGAUGGAAAAACUGUACCAGCAUCCACACCUGCAAUUGUGUAGAUGACAGAUUGGUGGGAGGACCAAUUUAUUCACGCCUUUUUUGCAAUAAUGUUGUCAGCUGGAGGACUGCCAUUGCCGUGAAAUGGAAUGGAUUUUCUAUAAAGUGCUAUUAACCUGAAACCUUACAGGAAAGCAUGUAACAUUUUAGUUGCCAUUUUAGUUUGACUCUUGAACUACACCUGCAAUGCAGAGAACUCUGCAGGGAGAACUUUUUUAACUUUUUUUUAAUCGGCUCCUUUUUAAAAAAAAUAUUUAAAUUCUUCUAAUUUGACUUGAUUUUAGAGUCAUUUGAUGAGAAUAUGCAGCUGUUAUUUUUAUUAAGUGUCAGGACAAGGAGUUGUAGACUAUUUUAUUUUGAUUUUUUUUUUAAGAAGGAAGAGAGUAUUAACAUGACAGUGCACUUUAAUGCAAACACUUAUAACCACUGUGCUUGCUGCUUUUUUGCACCAUAAAUAAUGAAACUGCCUAUUCUGGCAUUCAGUGUGUGCCAAGGACAGUGCCUUGAAAUUCUUGACUGAAUUAGGCAGUAAUGCUCUAGAUUCUCAGCCUUUUUGUAAUAAGGGAAAUUGAAACACUAUUUUUAUUGAAAUAUGAUGCCAGCAUUCUUUUGUUUACUAAAUGUUCAUAAUUAUACAAUCCUGUUCAAAAGUUCAGGUCGAAGGUGGAGAUAGUCUGUAUCAGUUUCCUUUUUUUGACCAUUGUUAAGGGUUGUGCCCAUGUUGUGGUUGCAUUAUAUUGAUAACACUAUCAAGAUCAGUAUAAUUUUGGAUGGAACAAUCAUGGCCUUGGUUUGCAAUCUGGAAUAAUUAAGCUCUACUUUGGAGAAAAUAUCCUCCUGUUGCUUUGAAAAUGAGCUCUUCCUUUUUGCAUUCUGACAAGUCUUGUUUUCCCUGGGUUCAUACUUAGCCAGAGUUUGUUUACCUCUGCAAGAAUUUUAGUGGAAACCCUGUGUAAAAUAUAUCAUGUAUCCUUCUUGGGUGGAUGAGGAGCAGGCAAUCAUGUUCAGGCUUCCCCUUAUAAACUAUACCUGUAUAUAAUAAAUUGAUUUUUAAUUCA